AUGCAAGAAGCAGAAAAGGCAUUGUAUCCAGAAUGCAACGAGUUCACAAAAUUAUCAUUUACUGUUGCACUAUAUCACAUAAAGUGCCUAUGCAGUUGGAGUGACAAGUCCUUCUCUAUGUUGUUGGAUUUAUUGAAGAAAGCACUACCACAAAAUAAUACCUUGUCGAAUUCUUUAUAUGAAGCAAAGAAGAUGCUUAAAGAUUUGAAACUCAGUUACAACAAGAUCGAUGCAUGCCCCAACGAUUGUAUGCUAUAUUGGAAAGAUGCAUCUAAUGAAAAGUCUUGUCUCAAAUGUGGGGCAUCAAGAUAUACACCCAAAUCCAAAGCUCCAGCAAAAACAUUACGCCACUUUCCUCUGAUACCAAGGCUUCAAAGAUUAUAUAAGUCAUCAGUAACAUCAUCUGAAAUGAGAUGGCAUAAAGAUGGACGUAUAGAUGAUGGAAAAAUACGUCAUCCUGCAGAUGCAGAAGCAUGGAAGGAUUUUGACAGACUGCAUCCAACUUUUAGUGCGGAUCCCCAAAAUGUUAGGUUGGGGCUUUCAAGUGAUGGAUUUAAUCCUUUUAAUGAUCUUAAGAAUUCAUAUAGCAUUUGGCCUGUUAUUGUGGUGCCAUAUAAUCUGCCACCAUGGAAGUGCAUGAAACAAACAUCGUUCAUAUUGACAUUACUAAUUCCAGGUAAAAAUCAGCCUGGAAAUGAUAUAGAUGUUUAUUUACAACCUUUAAUUGAUGAAUUAAAAUUAUUGUGGGAUGGUGUUGACACCUAUGAUUCAUUGAAGAAAGAGUCAUUCCAUUUACGUGCCUGCCUCUUAUGGACAAUCAACGACUUUCCUGCAUAUGCCAAUCUUUCAGGCUGGAGCACCAAGGGUGCAUUGGCGUGCCCUUGUUGCAACAAAGAGACCAUGUCAACUUGGUUGAAACACAGCCAUAAGCAAUGUUACUUAGGCCAUCGUCGAUUCCUAGAAGGAAAUCAUAAAUUUCAAUUGGAUAAGAGAGGUUUCAAUGGUUGUGUUGAGUUUGGGGUAGCACCACAGCCCCUUUCAGGCAUUGCUUCGCUAUCUCAAAUGGAAGGUGUAGAAUUUCCUGCAUUUGGUAAGGGAUCUGAUAAGAAUGAUACCGGUAAACGAAACAGAGUUGGAGGUCGAACUGAACUACCUUUUAAUUGGAAGAAGAGAAGUGUAUUCUUUGAGUUGCCAUAUUGGAAGCAUAAUCUACUCCGUCAUAAUCUGGAUGUCAUGCAUAUAGAAAAGAAUGUGUGUGACAACAUCAUUGGUACACUGUUGGAAUUAAAAGAUAGAUCAAAGGAUAAGUUGGAGGGCCGACUAGAUUUGCAAGACAUGAACAUUAGACCAUCUUUGCAUCCGUAG